ACGGUCAAUACGGAAACAACCUAUAUAUUUAACAAUGAAAAUAUACGAACACGACAAGUUUAAUACCAAGAAAAAAUGUAAACAGCGAAUCUCUCUGGCGCAUGCGCAGUACGUGUAACGGCCUACGGUGAUGGCCGGAACAUCUGCGACCUCUAACGGUGCGACCGAAAAGCGCUUAGAGGAGGCAAAAGGAGCAAAAAAAGGAUGGUUGUCCAAAAAAACCCAUUUCACACGGCGCUGGAAGCAAGCAUGGUUCCAGAUAAAAGAUUCAAAACUUUACUACGGCGAAAACGAAAAGAAUCCUGUUAAGUCCAUCAGUCUGAUUGGGGCAGAAAUUGAGGCCCUGGAGCAUGAAGGAGGUUUUGACUGGACUAUAAGGCCACAGGGAAGUAAAAGGACCUUUUUCCUUCGGGCUGGAUCAGCUGAGGAUCAGCAACAGUGGAUGGUGGCUAUUUGUGAAGCUCAGAUGAGCUCUAGAGAGCAUACUUCAAAUGCCUGUGUGGUGCAGUAGUGUGUCUUAUGUGUAAAAAUACUGUCAUAACAACAUAUUUUAAUAUUGCAUAUAAACCCACAUUUAUUUUAUUACAUCAGUGCUGAAACCAUAGGCAAAUCAAUGAAGUGGUUUAUUUGUAUUGUUGAUUUUGUACACAUGGAAUAGGCACAAAUCAGCCUGGGAUGGUGUUAUUACAGGUUCCUGAAGACAACUGACAUUAAAAACAUAAAAUUAUUUUUGCGGUUGCAAAAAAACAAAAACUACAGUCAGGAUUGCUGUUAAAGAAAAUUAAUCAUCAUCUGAUCAGUAUCACACAUUGAAAAUACAUAUGGAGAUUUAAUUUACAUCACACACCCACAGAGGGCACUGUUUAAUAAAACAGGAAAAUUGGCAGUUCUUUAAAGUUUUUGCUCAUCUAUCUUUGUCAUUUAACUUUUUCUCUGUUUGCAUGAAUAAUCAAGAAAGCUACACCAUGACUAGAAAAAAUUAUAACAUGCAGCAUUAGGAAUGUAGUAAAAGUUACUACAAGUCAACAUGUAAAAGUUGAAUAUCACCAUGUGAACACAUUUUAUUCAUUUCUAAUUGUAUUAAAAUAUUUUAUCAUUAA